UGUACGCUUCACUCACAGUUGGUUGAGGCAGUGGCGCGAAGUGUCGACGAAAUCUCGGUGGCAGUGUCAUUGUUGGUAUCGGCGUGCUGUUAUCACUAACGCUGUGGAACUAACCUGAUUGUGAGGAAAUGCUCUAAGAUGAUCACAGCAGCUGCCGAAGCUCGGCUACAAGCCAACGCCGCCCAAAUUGGAAUGAAGAUGGAAUCGAAAGGAUGUACCCAAGACUGUGCGGGCUGCGGCAAAACGAUCGCGGAAAGGUACCUGCUGAAGGCUCUAGACAUGUUCUGGCAUGAAGACUGUCUCAAGUGUGUGGGUGUUGUGACUGUAGACUGGGCGAGGUCGGAUCCACCCUCUACACUAGAGCCAACCUCAUACUGUAUCUUGUAG